AUGGUGAACAUAGAUCUGAUGAAGAUUAUCCCGGAGCCAGGAGGGUCAGAUGGGAGCGAUAGUUCAGUAACUAAUGGAUCACUAUUUCCCUCGAGACCACGAACAAGAACUAAGAAUAAGCAUUUAGAUUCCGAUCAGUCCAGUGCCAAUACUUCAGAUCACAGCGCAAGUCCUCUAAGUAUUUUUGACAGUAGAAAAACAAAACGGUCCAGAUUAAUGUCAGAGCAUUCCAAUACUGCUGAUCGCGAUACGGAUACGGAGCCACAGUUGUAUCAAGAGAACGAACUGGAGGGUAAUCUCGGACGACAGACGGGACGAACUACUUGA